AUAUGAUAGUGUUGAUAAGAUAAAUUUCAGAAGUAUUCCGUGUAGGUGUUAUUGUUACUAGGUUUCUGCAAAUCAUAGAAGUAUAUAACUUUUCUUUUUAGCUUAGUUGUUGUCUGCCAACUACACCCAUGAAAUCUUGAAGUUUGUAUAUAUUAUUGUUAUCAUGAACCAUAAAGACACUCCAAUGUCUCAAACAGCUAACAUUUUAAUCGGUGUUACGGGUAGUGUUGCUGCUCUGAAACUUCCUUUGCUUGUUCGACAGUUACAAGCAGUAAAACUUCCAAAGUUUCCAGAACUGAGAAUUAAUCUACAAGUCGUUACUACAGAACGUGCCUUACACUUUUAUCCUUUAGAUGAAGUUAAAGAUUUAGUGAACGUGCUGCGAGAUGAAGAUGAAUGGAGAACUUGGCAAAAAAUGAGUGACCCAGUGUUGCAUAUUGAGCUGAGACGAUGGGCCGAUGUCCUCGUGGUAUCUCCUCUUGAUGCUAACACCAUGGCCAAAAUAAGCAGUGGCAUUUGUGAUAAUCUUUUAACAUGUGUAGUGAGGGCAUGGGAUAUGAAGAAACCACUGGUGUUUUGCCCUGCUAUGAACACCCAUAUGUGGGAUCACCCGAUAACAGUCACCCAAAUCGAAAAAUUGAAAGAACUUGGAUACAUAGAGGUGCCUUGUGUAGCCAAGAAGUUGGCAUGUGGUGAUAGUGGUUAUGGUGCUAUGGCUGAAGUUCCAACAAUUGUUGAAACUGUGGUUAAGCAUUUACAGAAUUUCAUAAAAUACAAAAUAGAUGAAAUUGAAAGUAGUGUAUUACAGGAAGACUGUAGUUAAAACUUAAAUGAAACAGGCUGAAAGUAGUGUAUUACAAUAAUACAGAAAACCUAUACUAGGCUAUAGUUCAACAAAACAGGUUUGCUGAAUACUCUCUCGGUUCAUCUGACCAGUUUUAUCUACACCAAUUUUUGAAGGAUUUAUUGAAUAGUUCAAUUUUAAUGGUAUUUGGGGAGAUAGUAUUUGUAUAUAAAUUUAAUGUUUCCAAACAUUGAAUAAUUUGUCAUGCUUAAAACUAUUCUGUAGAGAUGCAGAGUUUUGCAACUAAUUUUUAGCAAUUACUAGUUAAAUGCUACAACUAAAGUAAAAGAACAUGCGAACAAAGUUACAUAGUUAAUAAGCAUUUAUUAUUCAAAAUAAAACCAAAUAUUUAAUCUAAUUAACUUUGGACAUGAAAAUUAAAGUGUUUUUGUGAUUAUAUUUGUGUUUUACAUUAUGUGUAGUCAUGGAAACUCAAUAUCUGAAUGUUAGAAUUAAUUUUAUAAUAAAUUGAUGAUGUUCAGAUAGAAAUUUUUCACUGUUGUUGCAACAUGGAUCAGAAGGUUCUGAUAUUUAUGUAGCAUUUUGUAUAUUAAAAUAUAUAAAAUCAUCA